CGAUGACAGCUGUCAGCUAUUCGAGUGUCUUGACACCUUACUUGACACCCCACAUAAUUUUAAAACCUCAAAAAUGAUAAAAAAGAUAUGAAAAUGUUAUGAUAAAGAAUUAGAAAACGUAUGUGUUACAAAUGAAAUGAAUAUACUGGUUAUAGUUAUAUCAGUUCUAAUAACUGUGAUAUGUGUAUUACUAGCUUUAUUACAGCAUUACUACUUUAUUAACAAAUUAUACAAAAAACCAUCUAUAAAAUAUGAUGUACCAGUGUUCGCGGACUUAAUACCCUCAGAAAAGAGCAAAUCCAACCGAGACUUCCCACUACAAGCCCUAAAGGACUACGAUGAAGAUUUAGUUCUAUAUGAUUUAAAUUCAGCGUUAAAUUCGCAACCGCAUCAGGGCAAAAGUGAUACCAUAGAGUUCAUAAUAAAAAAUGACAAAGCUACAGGUACAGAUUCGGAAGUGUACAACACACUGCAAGCUGCGAUAUCAUUCAAACUUUCAGGCAAAAACCAUAAAGCAUUGAAGCUUUUUGAACACGCUGCAGCUAUAGCACCUGAAAACCCAGAUGUUUUGAAUAAAUAUGGUGAAUUUUUGGAACAACAGCAUCAAGAUAUUGUUAGUGCAGAUGAAUUGUAUUUCAAAGCCCUAACAUACUCUCCAGAUCAUAAAGCAGCACUAAUCAACCGUGAACGCACAGCUCAGGUAGUUGAGGGCCUAGACUAUAAUUUAUUUAAAUCAAUAGAUUCAAAAAAUGACUACUUAAAGAAAAGAAUGAAGAUGGAUAGCUUUGAAGCUGUUAAGAAACAAGCAUAUUACUUGCAUAUUUACCACACGGUUGGCAUUGAAGGGAACACAAUGACAGUAGAACAACUAAGGUAUCUCGUAGAAACAGGACAAGUCGUAAGUGGGAAAAGUAUAAUAGAACACAACGAAGUCCUAGGCUUAGAAAAAGCGAUGCAAUAUAUCAAGCUGUUAGUACAUCAAGAUUACAUAGGCAUCAAAGAAAUUUUAGGGAUACAUAGAAGGGUCAUGGGGCAUGUAGAUCCCAUAUCGUCAGGCGUGUUCAGGAACGAAAACGUUUUCGUUGGCAGUCAUUCGCCGCCUUUUCACGAAGAACUUCCAGGAUUGAUGGACAGCUAUGUGGAAUGGCUCAAUUCCGAAGAAGCACGAAGCAUGCAUCCUGUGAGGUAUGCAGCAUUGGCCCACUAUAAAUUAGUGGAUAUUCAUCCAUUUAUUGAUGGAAACGGACGCACAAGUAGGUUGAUCAUGAACCUCAUCCUUCUCAAGGCAGGUUAUCCACCUGUCAUGGUACUGAAAGAACAAAGAGAGAAAUACUACGAUACACUGAAAACAGCAAACAUGGGUGAUGUUCGACCAUUUGUAAGAUUUGUAGCACAAUGCACUUUACAGAUAUUGAACAUGUACAUUUACGGAUCUCGUUUUUUAUCAAUUGAAGGUGAAUCACAGGAAGGUAAACAAUUGGUAAAUUACGGGUGAUAUUUUUUAGUGCGUUCUAAUAUAAUUUUAUACUGUAAUGUGAUAUUUUCCAGUUUUGUUCAAAGCUUAGGGCUCUGAACACACGUUGCUUCUUGAUUGAUUCUUUGUUAAUUCACACUGCAAGAAGUAGCCGAAAAGAAUUAGGGAAAAGAUCAAUGAACAGGCAUUUUUCUGCAUUCGAUUCAAUGUUAUAGACGCGUAGCCGGCAAUAUACUGAAAUUAGGGAUGUUAAAUGAUAAUCGAAUUUCAUUUUAUAUUUUUUUUUUUCACUUAUUAUCAUGUUCUUAAUAAUUAUUAUCGAUUUUUAAUAAAUAGAUGCAUUACACAUUUUAAUCGAUUUUUGUAAACAGCGCCAUCUGUGUGAUAAAUGAAAGGUAAGUCCAUUUGAAAUCGUGGAGGCAAUGUCUAUUUUUCGUUUUUGAGCACCUUAUAGAAACUGAUAUUUUAAAAAUAAAGAUUUAUUCGAAAUAAAACGAGGAUUAAGAGAACGUUUUGGCACAAAACGCUUUUCAAUAUUGCUGAAAACGGUGUACUGGUAAGGUGUCACAAUUUCUGUACAUUGAUUAGCUUAUAACUCAACAUCUGAUAAUCAAAACCCUACAGUAUUUUAUAACAAACUUCUAAAAAAAGGAUCCAAAUAUAUAGUGAAAUGAGUCAGUCGAUUUAAACAAUACAACUGACAUGUGGCUAAACUUUAGCUACCCUAUACAGGGUGUUCCUUGAUGAUAUUCGUAUAUUUAAGGGUGUGAAUCUACAUGAAAAAUUAAUGUUAGUUUGCUUUAUAAACUAUGGUCCAAAAAUGUUUCCUUACAAAUACUCGGGGUGUUGAAGUUUUAGGAAAAAAAUGGAAAUUUAUUAAUAUUUUCAGAACCGCUUCAGAUAUUUCAC